UCUUGAAUUUAGCUGAGGUGUCCCGACUCCCAAGUCUAAAAAUCUAAACCUCCGCUGCAACUCUAAAAUCUGAGUGUUUGUCUGAAACAAAGAGAAAAACAAAAACAAAAAUGAAAAGAAAACAAAAAAUGCAAACCAGUUCAGCCAUGGUCAUCAUGGAUUACUCUCUCUCCAAGGUGGUUGGUAGUCCUAAGAAAAAGAAAGCAAGACUGAUGACGAAAGUUGAGAAUCGUAAAACAUUAACCGAAGAGCAAGCUGAAGUAGUUCAAUCCAGUUUAGACCCCACAUGCCCGAGCUUUAUUAAACUUAUGGUCCGGUCACAUGUUUCUGGGUGUUAUUGGCUGGGACUUCCUUCAAAAUUUUGUUUGUCGAGUUUACCAAAAAAUGACACCAUAUUUACCUUGGUGGAUGAGGAUGGGGAAGAAUACACGGCAAACUACCUUCCUCGGAAGUUUGGGCUGAGCGGUGGAUGGGGAGGGUUUGCCAAGGCGCACAAGUUGGCCCCUGGAGAUGCAUUGGUCUUCCACUUAAUCAAGAUUUCCAUAUUCAAGAUCUACAUAGUACGAACACAAGCUUUAGCUGAAGUUGAUGCUGCUCAGGACCUUCGAAAAUUGGAAUCAAACAUGGAAGGAAGCGACACAGGUGGGAAGAAUAUGAAGAAAAGCCGAAAACGUGCACAAAAAGGUGUUAGUUCUCAUUCUCCGGUAGUUCUUCUCAGCAAGGACCAAAAUGUUACACUACCUUUAGCAGGUUCAGAUCAGCCUGAAGACCGUAGUAGUACAGAGGUUAUAAAUUCAGAAGUUCUGCAAGACAUAAAGCAUUUAGGCUCCGUUGGCGAGUCUCGAGAAAUUAAGAAUUUUGAGAGUUUCACCAUAAGUGUGAACAAUUUGACAAUUGAUUCCGAGAUACCCGAGCACGUUCGUGCUAAAUAUUUUGAACUUUGCCGCAGCCAGAAUACUUUUCUUCAUGAAAAUCUAAUGGUGAGUUUGAACCCUAAGCUUGUUGCAGGAAUGAUUUCCGAGAUAGUAGAUUUAGCAGAUGCCAUAAGAGCUUCCACGGUUAGCACUCUUAGGAAAGAAUUUGAAACAUGGGAGCACAGUUUGAAAGCAUUUAAGCAACUCGGCAUGAAUGUGGGGUUCUUGCUUUCUCGGGUCGGCAAACUUCUGAAACUAGUUUCCGAAUCAGAAAAAGCAUUUGACUUGAAGAGGUACAAUGAAGCCAUGAAUGGAAAGAAUCGUGUCAAAGGUGAAAUAACAACUCUUGAAAUGCAAAUUCUUGAACUAAAGAAUGAGUCCAUGAGGCUAGAUAUGGAGAUCAAAACUCUGAAACUGCAGGCAGAGAAGCACGAAACGACUUUUAAGAGUGAGGUUAAUUCUCCUUGGUGAUUUCAUCAGCUGAUGUCAAAUGUUCUGGUCUUCGGUUGAUAUGGAGAGAGAUAAACUUCAUCUGUCUCUUUUGCACUGGACAAACAGGUAUGUCUUUUUGUAAAUAGAAUGCAAACCAAAAAAGCACCCUCUUCUGUUAGAUAAUGUACAUGCAGUCCUGUUUUAACCGCUACUAUGCGUGCGAUCUUCGGAAGU